GCGGUAUUUCCAAAAUGGCUGGCCAAAUAUUAAAUCUGAGAUUUUUUAUGAUUUUAGGGCAGAUUCUUAUGAUAUUUGCUUCAAAUAUUGAUGAAAAAGUUAGCGACUUCUUCAAAAGUGGGCACACAAAUAAUUGGGCAGUAUUGGUUGACACGUCUAGGUUUUGGUUUAAUUACCGCCAUGCUGCGAAUGUCCUGUCCGUCUACAGAAGUGUCAAGAGGUUAGGUAUCCCAGACAGCCACAUCAUCUUGAUGAUUGCUGAUGAUAUGCCAUGUAAUCCAAGGAAUCCCAGGCCUGCGACCAUCUUCAACAAUGCCAACCAGCAUAUCAAUGUUUAUGGAGAUGAUGUGGAAGUGGAUUACAAAGGCUAUGAGGUCACAGUUGAAAAUUUCAUCCGAGUUCUAAGUGGACGAUUACCAGACAGCACCCCGAGGUCAAAGCGUCUUCUCUCUGAUGAUAGGAGUAAUGUCCUGGUGUAUAUGACAGGGCACGGAGGUGACGGGUUCCUAAAGUUCCAAGACUCCGAGGAAAUCUCUCAUGUUGAGCUCGGUCAUGCCUUUGAACAAAUGUGGCAGAAACGCCGCUACCACGAGAUGUUCUUUGCCAUCGAUACUUGCCAAGCUGUGUCAAUGUAUCAGAAGAUUUACUCGCCAAAUAUAUUGGCCGUGGCAAGCAGUCAAGUUGGACAGGAUUCUUAUUCUCAUCACUAUGACAGCUCCUUGGGGGUGUUUGUGAUGGAUCGUUUCACAUACUACAUGCUGGAAAUGCUGGAGAAGGUGAAACCAGACAGCAAGAAGUCCAUGUAUGAACUGGUGAAUUGCUGUCCACCUCAUUUGUGUGGCUCCAAUGUUGGUGUGCGGACAGACCUCUAUCCGCGGGAUCUCCAAUCCGUCCCCAUCACAGAGUUUUUUGGAAAUGUCCAUAAUGUGGAGCUACAGAUGACUGCCAUGAAUCUGACCUCUACUGCCACUGAUAAGAAAACAUGCAGCAAAGACUCCUGUGAUACUAAGCCAGAACGUAAACAAGGAAGGAACCUCAUCUACCUCGACCAGUUCCCAGUGUAAAAUGGACAUUCCAAAUAUUACAAUUAACUCGCAGUUGGUACUUUCUGGACUGUCGUGAUACAAGUCAUUGUUGAUGAAAAGUCACUUCCACUGAAAUCUGCCGUCAGCUCAGUAAUUCGGAAGGGUGCAGUGUGAUGGUGUGGACAAUCAUUCAUGUCAUGCUAUUGAAAAUGAUUGUCUUUGAACUCAACUUAAGACCUCCUGAUCGAAGUUAUAGAUAGUAAUGUCUUGAGAAGGGCAUGCCCGCUUUGCUGGAGUUCCCUUGGGACACUUUAUAGAUAGGAAUCAUAGUGGCACCAAUCCCCAAUUUUUAGUUGUAGAAACCAGCUGAUGAGUUGUUUUCCGAGCUCGAAGAAUGACCCCUCAUCUGGUGUUACAUGUAGUAUCCUAGAAAUAAAACACAUUCAUGCAUCAUCUUCCAGUUUCACACAUCAUGUGUCAUACACUUUUCAACCUCUGUUAGUUUGUAAUCUGUACAUAUGAUGUACAUUUUAUUAUUUAUAAUAAAUAUUUUUACACUUC